AUAAUUUUAAACGCAUCAAUGAUGAAUAUACUCAUAGUGCAGGAGAUUAUGUAUUAAAAGAAUUGGCUGCAUUAGUUCAAACACUUAUUCGUCCUGAAGACAUUUAUGCACAAUAUAGCGGAGAAGAGGUUACUGUCCUUCUCAAGAAUGCAAAUUCUGAGCUAGCUUUCGAAAGUGCAGAGAAAAUUCGAAAAACUGUUGAGUCUCAUGAAUUUAAUUAUAAUGGAAAACGUUUACCAGUUACAGUCAACAGUGGAAUUGCUGAUAUGAAUUCAUCUGUGGAAUCUCAUGAAGAGUUGCUUAAGCGUGCUGAUCAAGCUUUAUAUGUUGCUAAACGUCAAGGUCGAAAUCGUGUAAAAAUUUGGGCUAAAGACAUUGACUCAGUUGGUAAAGAAAUUGACUCAAAUGGCAAAGAAAGCGAUUCAAAUAAUAAAGAGGUUGACUCAAAUGGCAAAGAAAGUGAUUCAAAUAAUAAAGAGAUUGACUCAAAUAGUAACUUUAAUGCUAAUAUUGCUUAUCUAAAUGUUUCAGAUUAUCUUGAGAUUUUUUCAGGACCUAUAUACUUUCCUACUAAUAAAAAAACUAUACAACAUAAUAAAUUGCCUUCUGUAAUAAACGAGCUGUCAGUGACAUUUCAAUUGAAUCUCAAGAGACAUGAUUCAAAUUGGAUAUCUAUUUUUCAUAAAGGUGAAGAUGCGCAGCAGACCCGUACCCCAGCGCUUUGGCUAACACCAAAUAACUCACAACCAUGCUUUAUAUGCUCAGUAAAUAACAAUUGGAAUUAUUAUGGUCAUAUUGAAACUAGUUUUGAGUUAAACAGAUGGUGUCAUAUAGCCUACACGCUUUCUGAACCUCAAAAACGCAUGUAA